UGCUGUGAGAGCUGUAAUUGGUCACAGCUUGUCACAUGGUACAAGGCUGUUGUGAAUAGCCCUGUACCAUGUGAUCUCUGUGAUCACUCACAGAUUUCACACGUAGUAAGCAAUGAUGUCAGAAGUGGCGUCUUGCUUACUACUAUUCAUGUGAUCACUGAUUGGCCAAUCUGUGGUCACAUGAUCGGGACCUCACACAAAGGUCCUGUACAGCGAUCGGUGUUCCGUUGUGUAUGGAGGACACAGCGGGCACCGGAUUGCGGUGCUGCGCGCUCCCGGGGAGCACGCACAAGCAGGGUGCGGGGAGGCCGUUUA